AUGUGUGAAGGGCCCAUCGCCUAUUUCCCAAUCUCCGAUGACGGCACGCCCUCCUGGCCGGCCCCCGCCGGCCGCGACUGCAAGUCAUACCCAUCGCUAAACGCUCUUGCAAGGUCGCAGUCGCAACGCGUGUCGGCCGUAUCUCCUCUCCGCACUACGCUUCAAAUGACGCUUUCGCCAUCGCAGAUCCAGCAAGCGUUCCUUGACAUCUUGGCGAGAAUGCAUCUGCGACGGAGCAGUUGGUCCCUUGAUUAUCGUCGAGGUGGCUAUGACAGUGGGCUUCUAGAAAGCGAACGGCAAACCCUGCCGCGAACCCCUCACGAUGCAUGCGGGGUCAGCAGCAGAAGCGGAAUAGACUACCAGAGACUAAUAACGCCUAAACUUCGACACCUGGUGGAGACCACAGAGUGGCGGCGCGGCGGCAAUAGCAGAAACGAGGAGUGCGAAUGA